AUGGAUUCCAAUAUUUCUGAUUUGAAGCAGGCUAUUAUUGAUAAAUUACGCUUGAAUGGUACACUUGAUCGAAUACAGAAGUUAGUUGUAAUAAGAAGGAAAAAAAUUUAUAUUAAAAUACAGGCAGAAUUACGUUGCGCUGUAUUUCUUGCAAUUGAAAGUAAUGAUGAAAAUGAAUCGAUAGUGGACAAAAGUAAAUUAAACCAAACACCUGGCUAUUCAAUCAUUUAUCAUUUCCUCAAACAAAACCGAUUCCUAGCAACAGCGGCAGUAUUUGAGAAAGAAAUACAUCAGAAAAUUAUCUCUUUGGAAGAAUUGAAAAAAGACAAUGCUGCAAAAUUCUGUUUUCAAUUUUUUGGCGAUAGUAUCAAUUUAUCGAAUUUCAUCGUAACCGAAGCUGAACAAACAAAAAACGAAUCACAUUCUACUAGAAUUGGAAUUAAUGAAAUGAAUAAUAUCGACUCGAAUUUUAUCUCAUCUUCUGCAGUAAAUAGUAACGGAAAAAGUGAUGCAGAAAUUAUCGAAAAGCAACAAAUAAACAAUUUUGAAUCGAAUAGAGCUUUAAAAGAUCUUACUUUGGAGAGUGGAUUAUCGAAUGAUCAAAACAGAGGAAUCUUCUUCAGCAGAAGCAGAAACGAAAGAAGAAAUAAAAAGGAAAUACAAAAUGACCGACCAUUUGAAACAAGCAAUGAUGAUAAAAUAGAAAAAUACAAUAAAGGAAGUAGUUCAAGUUCGAGAUCAUCAUCAAUUAUUGAACAACAUCAAGAGCAACAAACUCCAAAGACAUCACCGCCGAGUACGAUGUCCAAAUAUCAGCAACAAUCGACCAAAUAUUUCACAUCUCCAUCGUCAACCUAUCCCAGAAAACUACCACCAAUUAAAGCAGUAUUGAAUGAAUCAGCAUCAUCAACAAAAUUACCUUCCAUACCGUCAUUAAACAAUCCAGCGAAUCGAGCUGGAACAGGAACAGUACCAUUUUCACGCCUGCUAGAUACGAUACUAAAUUCACCAUCAUCUAAUAAAAGUGGAACAGAUAAAGAUAUUGUGGAGGAGCUUAUUGCCGACGAUCUAUUGCAAUCUGACCAUAGCGAUACUACUGUUUCAUUUUAA